AUGGUGAUCGAAACUUUCUUAAAUAUAUUCCUGUGUUAUUCCUCACUACAGUGCAACAGAAUUCCUUAUUUUUCGCCGAAGCACUACAUUGAGAGUACACUUGUUGGGAACAAUAGACAGUAUGCGUUCAAACGUUGUAAUGACACCGCAAUUUUGCCAAAGGUUUAUCUCAAUGACGUGUGCCGAUGUGUUCCUGAAAAAUUUUAUUCGAAUUUCAUGUUUAUCAAAGAUGGCAUUCGAAGAGGACAAUUCAAUGGAUUUAAAAUGAACUGCACGCAGGUUUUUAAUAGCACAGCGGAAAUGUCAGGUGGUACCGUACCCCAAACGGCUGCACCUAGCCGGAUAUCUACGGCUUUGGCAGACCUACUGAGAAGAAGAGGGGUUAGUCCUUUAGAAAUAGCUCGGAUACAGGCAACUGGUUUAUCAGAAGCCGAACUCGAGCAAUUACAGGCUAGAAGGAAGCUUACACUGACAGAAGCUGCAUAUAUGAGAUCAAGAGGAGUUCCCAUUCAGCAGAUUAAUGCAUUUCAAAUCAGAGGCCUUUUACCUUCUGAGAUAAGGGCGUUACGCGUAAGUGGACGACUGCCUCCUGCGUUACCUAGCCGGCCUUUUCGACGGGUAUUGUCGAGUCCCGUGAGUGGAAAUCUUCCGCAAGUCACUCCCAUUCGUCCCGUUAGAGGAGUCAUUGCCAAUAGAAUUGGUAGACCUCUCCUUCCCCCAGCCAUUCCAGGCCGUCUGCCAGUUGUUACACCUAUAAGGCCAGUUACAAUGAGGAGCGUACCAAAUGUCCCACCUACUGCUAAUAGGCGUAUCACAAAGUUUCAAGAACUACAGCUUCUCUCUCGUCAAGCGAACCCAUUACAGCUUAUUCAAAGUGUGAGGUCCCUGAAUAUAGCUGACCUACUAAGUGUCUCACGAGAGAUGACUGCAGAUCAGUUUGUUGCAAUGUGGAAGAUUUUAACAGAUGCUCAAAAGCAACAGCUACGUCCUCAAUUGACUGCGCAGAUGAGGGACCGUUUAACUUCCACUCAAACAUCCCAGGAAAGUCUUCAAGCUUUCCAGAAUUUGCUUACUCCUCGCCAGAUGAUGCAGUUAUCGCCUGAACAACUUCGCCGCCUGGGAGCAGUUCUUGCAGCCAUGGAUGGUGACAAGUCACAAUUGCCAGAUGGUCUUUUACCAACAUCUAAUGGUGACAAAACAACAGAGACAGGUCUUCCCUUCAGACAACCGGAUACUACUGCAGUAAUUGGGACAAGUCCAGGCUCCACUGGUAUUACAGUUGUCGGAAGUGACAGUUCCAAUGCUGCUGAAAUCGGAACGAUUGACAUCACUGGAGACAAUAGCAUUGGCGGGGAGGGUUCAGCGCCCGCUACCGGUACAGGUAUGUUAACACCUGUUAACAAAGAUAGUGGGGCGGAGAAGAUGAUCCUAUAUGAUGUUGUCGCUACAGAACCGGGUGAUUCGCAGUUAAAUAAAGGCAACAUUGUCGAAGUUGGAAUCUCUCCUAUUGACACUUCGGGAAACGUAGUUGACACCGGCAACCAGAAUGUGCCUGAUCCGCCAUCACCCGAUUUACAGCUCACUUCCGGAAGCCUCGUUAUCGACAACACAGUAGUCAAUGCACCUCCUCCGUCUUCUGGUGGUGCUAUAACAGGAACAUCUGGAUCUUCUUCCACCAAUACUGUUACCACUAUAGAAACCGAAAAUACUGUCAUUAAGAGUACCUCUACCAACACCCAAAGUCAGACUGAUGUUAUAAUUCCAAAUUAUAAUAUUAUACAAGACACAGAAGAUCUACAGCAAGAUAUUUGUAAGGUGUGUGAGGCACGGGAUCGGACAGUGGCUUGCUAUCUUGAACACCCGAAGAUGUGUAACAAGUUCAUUCAGUGUGUCACCGACUAUGGCGAAAAGCUCCGACCACAGGUUAUGAAGUGCUACCCUUUCAUGUUCUGGAAUCCAACGUUCAACAGCUGCGUCCGAAACUCCACACAUUGUAAAACAUCGACAGGAUUGGAGGACUUACCAAGAGAACCGACUGUGGAAGCUCCAGUCGUAUAUGACAACAAUCCUGCAGAAGUGGUUAUUGAGACUACCCCACAACCAAGCACUGAAGCCACUACAGAAUCUCCACCAGAUUAUGCACCUUUCGAAAGAGUUCAUGCUACAGUAGAAAUGAGUCUAUUACCGGCACCUCCUUCAGAAUCUGGACUUACAUUCCCGGAUGCUGCACCUUCCGGUCUCGAUUUCCCGGAUAUACAUACAGGUCUACAACCCUAA